AAAACGUAUGAUUCUUAUAAAGUAUGUAAAAUAUUCAAUUUCUUGUAUAGUUUCAUGGUUCAAAAUUUUAUUUCUGAAAUAUUUCUUUGUAAUAGUCUAUUUAUUCAGUUUUUGAGAGAUUUAUAUUAAAUACGUUUUUUUCGAUAUAAAGCUAGGAUACCGCGGAACAUGAAUAAUUAGCAUAAUCUAAGCUAAAGAUGGAUAUGAUGUGAAUCUUGCAAUAUGUAAGAGUUAAAAUUAACUUUAAAAUGAUUAGGUAAAUUAUGAACCGAUUGUUAAGUGUAAUUAAUACAAUUUGGUUGAUAUGGGUAAUAAUUUCGUAAAUACAUUAUAGGAUCAAAUCGGGGGAACAAAAAUAUUUAUAUUGGGUAUAUGGGAGUUUGUGGAAGGUAUGGAUUAAAUGGGUGACCACGGUACGGAAUGACAAUACUCGUAUGCUAAACGAAACAUUGUCACUACAAGUAUAUAAAAUCAGUUUAUAUAUUGGAUUAAAAGGAGUUGAUAGAAUUCAAUAUGUCGUUUUAUGGGAAGUAAAGGGGUGUGGUUUUUCAAACUGCAAAUUACCAAAGAGCACAUGUAUUGAAAUUCAACACGUGUAACAUGUUUACACAUUUUAUCGCUUGCAUGAGCAUACGAACCAUCUGAUAGACAGUAAUCCAUCUCCAUCUAUCUUACUAUCUCGAUGUGAGAGUGUUACAAAAAAUCAAUCGAUGAUAGAGCUCUUUAAAUGUGGUUUUGAGAGUGGAAAUAUAUUGUAAUUUUGAAUUUAAUUCCUGAGACCAUAAUAAUUGAUUAAAACUGUUAAACAUUUCAAAUGCGAGGGCGCAGAAGUUAUAGCAUGACUACACCUAUACCACUAUGUUUUGACUAUAACAGUAUGACUCUUUAACCUUCCUAAAAUAAUGAAUUAAUAACGCUGUCCUCUCAAUUGCCUUGAUCUUGAGAUCUUAAUGGCAGUAAGCGUAACUUGUUUUUUGCAUCAGACGCCCAGGGAAUGUAUAUAGAAACCGAAUAAUGACGAUUUUUUCAUUGAUGUUUCGUUUUGUAUGAAUUAAUAUGGCCUGUCCAAACAGUAAAUUUUUUGUCUUUGAAGUAAGUUUGAUGGUUAGAUUUGCAUUGAGUUGAGGCUUCCAAAAUAUGUUAAAGGUUGGUUAUUAAUAUGGUCGUAAUGUUUUAAAUACUGCACGUUUUGACUUUUGUUUGGGCGUAUGUAAAUAUUUCUUGUUAAUGGGGUUUGAAGAUAUUCUAGGCACAUUUAAGUUUCUAUUCGAGCUACCGUGGAGUACCAGGUCGGUUGAACCUUUCCUCCUUAAUUUUUAAUGCCUGACUUCCUAAAUAAUCAAUGAAUUUAGAACGCUACAUUUCAAUUUUGUUUGUUUUAAAUAUCGCCAAAUUAUUUUAAAAGUGUCUUAUUCACUUAAAAAGCAUGUGAUUUUCAUAAAAGUAUGGAAAACAAUUUUCAAAUGUACUUUUGUUUCUUAAUUUAACAAAGUACGCUUCUAUUAAAGUGAGCUUCCUUAAAUAACUGGUUUAUCCGUGUAUUUGAACACUUUAAACUCCAUUCAUAUGAAAACUCAAAGCUGCUGGUUUUAAUUGCCUGCAACGCAAAAACUUCAGCGUUGUUUUAUUGGUUUACUCAGACAAACUAUCACAGUUGGCGCAUUUUUCAGAGAAGCUGCCAACAACUUCCCAGUUAUUUGUCGCGCCUUUUACAAAUGGUAAUCAGCAAGAAAUAUAAAGCGCGUAAGAAUAAACUUUUAUUAAAUUUAUUAUAUGAAAAAAGUUGGCCAAGUUGAUUUUUCAUUUCGCUGUAAAAACAAAUUGAAAUUGAGAUACAUACAUAUGUAUGUAUGUAUAUUUAGAGCUUCGCAAGGCUUUUAGUAACGCAAAGUGGGGAGUGAGAGCCUAAAACCGUCGCACAUCCAUCAUUAAAACCACAAAAUGCAAAUUGAUUCCGCUUCAGAAUUUGAAUAUUUUAGCGCCACCUGGCGAUGGGUACAUUACACACCGCCACAGCUCACCCGCCCUUACACACGCAAAAACCAACAUUGGACUACCAUCAUAAUUAGCAUAAUCUAAUUUAAACUUAGCGCAUCUUUCACACUCAACACCAGUGCCACUGUACGCCAGUUGAUACUGGCAAAUUAAAACAUUUACUGUUCACACUACCUAGGGGUGUGAGAUGUGCGUGGAUCAGGAGAAGUGCUUUACAGCUGCCGUUACAUGUCGUUAGACGACAUUGGUUCGUCAAAAGUUUGUUUUUAUAAGCGAAAUGAAAAAACAAUAAAAAACUUUUAAAUGCGAAAAUAAAAGAGCGAAGAGAACUCAAGUGCGCCAGAUUGGCUUCGGCACCCGGAUGGCACAGUACACCAUAAACAAAUACAUUCACGGAUUCAUACUUCUGCCGAAAUAUGGUGUUGUCAAGGCAGGCAAUCAGCAGCCGAAUCAUCACUGCACAAGCCCCGCCGUAGCGGCAUUUAAAUGAAUUAAAACAUUUUCGAUGUACAUAUGUAGCACAGGGCGGCUUAUAUAUAAGUAUUAUGUAACACUGCAGGUGGCGGCCGGGAAAGUGUUUUAAUUUAACAAGUGCACUUGUAUUUUUAACCACCAAGCUUCACCAAUGCCAUCUAGCUUACCCUCUACACAGAUCUCACACUGAGCCCGUUAGCCUCUCUACUGCUAAUGAACGCUGAAUGUCGGAGUUCCAAUGGUGCCGCUGAUCGUCCACCGUCAAAGUUUUGAAAGUUUUCCUUGUUUUUCGAAAUCAUAUUAAAUCGUAUGUGGUAACGGUUGUUAUUGUUAUGAUGUGUUCUCUUGGAGCUGUUGUGUUUUCCUAGGUGGCACUUGAAUUAGAAAUACUAACUAACCAGUUUGUGUUUUGAACAAUUUUUUUUUCGAAAACUGGUAAUUGUGUUGUUUAACGAAGUAAAUUUACCAUAAACAAGUUAAAAACUGUUGAUGAAUAGGACAACACCAUAAUCAGUGUAUAGUAUAAAUAUAAUUUAUAUUUUUAAGGUUAUACAUAUGUUCAUAUGUGUAUUUAAUAAUUUAUUAACUCUGCUCUUAUAUAUAAUGUUUUCGUUUUUAAAAGUGUAGGUAGCGUUUAUUAUGAAAAAGGUUAUAAUUAUAGAAAAUACACUGUUUUGAUAUAGCUGACGUUUAUUCAAUACUUGCUCCAAUAUUUAGCGUUGUCCAUAAUAGCCUAACAACUUUGAUAGCAACUAGCAACUAAAUUUAGCUCUUAUUUCACAGGAAUGGCAUAUUUUGCUUUUGGCUUUCAUUAAAGCCCAAAGAUUCUUUAUUGGAUUGGUGUCUGUUGGCUGUAAUGGUCAAUCGAUCGUAACAAUACGAUGUACAGAGUCUGAUGCAUCUCAUUGCCUUCUUAGAGUAUCCAACUAUGGUUAUGGUAAACUCUUUUAUACAAUUUUAUCAUUCUAACGGCAUUCAGGUUUUUUGUGAAGCACCUCAAAACCCAAAUCGUUAUGUAGAGAUACAUCCAAAAACUUGUAACUUUUGGAGGUGCUUAACACUCCUUUAAAUAAAUUUUUGUUCUUUUCUUAGCCAAACACGUCAUAAGGGGUUGAACAAUAAAAAAGUGGACUCAUCUAGAAAUAUUACAUUGCUCCAAUCACGGUUAAUGGUUUUCUGCGCCCAACUCAACCUUUUUUCAAUGUGUGUUUUUGAAAGUAGGGGUUUGAUUACCAUACAGUGCUGCGUUUGAUGCCAGAUCUCUGAAGUCUGUCUGGUAUUUUAAUUAGAGAUAUGUAUAAUACAUUUAUUAAAAAAUACUUAUAAUGACGGGACCGGUAACAUUCUGAAGAAUGGUGUAUAUAUUUACUCAUCUUGUCAAUCCUAAUAAUUAAUGAUUGGUUAGGCGCUUUCUAUGAGAAAGUGCAUUUGAAAUUGAAUUCAUAUAUUUUGUAGUUGGACCUAAUCUUCAAAGUCACGUGAAAAAUUUUCCAAACUAUUGACAAUUGUUAUAUACUCUUAGAUAUUGAAAUUUAAGUGACGCAACUAUUAGUAUUUGCAAAAAAUUAUAAAAAUGAAUUUAGUUUGUAAACGAAACCUUUUUUAAAAUUGUUCUGCUAAUAACAACUUUGCCAAAAAUAGCUUGAUAAGUGCUAUCCGGGCUCUACACCAGGUGCAACAUGGGGGAUGAAAACAUCAAAGAAGUGAUUUUGGAUGACGUAAAAUGAGAUAAUCUAGCUUUAAAAGGAGGAAACGAUCAAUAAGAGAAAUUACAUGGAUUGGGAAUUGCUUAUACAUUUACUGUAUACUUCGGAAUUUUUUCGGCCAACACAGCGGACCUUCGCAUGCUUUUCUUUCUACAAGUCGAUCGCCGAUCGAAACAAGUAAGGAAGAGCCAAGUUCGGGUGUACCCGAACAUUUAAUACUCUUGCAACUUGCCAGGAUCAAAAUUGGGAAAAUACAUUCAGCUUAUUUCAAUUGCAGCUGCUCGACUGGUGGCCAUGUCGGAGGAACAUCAGAAACAGCAGCAGCAGCAACAACAACAGCAUCAACGUCAACAGCUCUUACAGCAGCAGCAGCAACAGCAACAGAAGUGCUCAAAGGAUGCGGCAACACCCAACUCCUCCUCUGCGUCCUCUUCGCCCACGAAUGCCACAUCUACUGCGACACCGCGCAAGUCGAAUAUUCAUGAGAUGCGCAAUCAAGACUUUGUUAGUCGACUAAUGGCAGCCACGCCUCCCUACUUGUAUUCAACGCCAGUGGGUGCUAACAACUUUUUCUUCAGUGACAUGCUGCGCUCUCUGGUACAGGCACGCAACAACGAGAACGCGCGUAAUCUACAACUGCAGCAGUCGAUGGUGUUGGCGCGAAGACCCCGAAAACGAACUUGGGCGCACCGUCCUUACUAUGAACAUUUACGCGAACGCAAAGAUGCGGAAGAGAAGCACCAAUUCCUAACGCAACAACAACAACAGUUGAACAACAAUGCUACCGCCGUGGUGUUGGAGAAGCCACUAGAGCUUACAAAUAAACCAUAUUUUCACUUAGCCAAUAAGUAUCGCAAGUUAGAAGAUGAAUCCAAGGAUGCGACAGAUGUCAAGAUUAGCAAGUGCGAUACUGGCGGUAUUCCAACUCCCGAAUCUGUGGCUGCAACUGCUUCUAAUAAGAGUGGGAAUGAAAGAGGUGGCGCAGCCGAAGCUGUGUUGCAGGACACACCACCUGCAGCUUCUUUGCCACCACAGGAUUUGGUUUUGCCACCACCGCCACCAGUCUGGUAUCCACCGCUCUACCCACCCUACGGCAUCGAUCCACUGCACUUUUUCAUUGAUCUACGCGUCUCAGGUCACAUUUACGAUCGAAAGAAAGAAAAUAUUUCACCGCUCACAAACGCCGACGAUAACAAUGCUGCAACCGAUUCAGAGACUACCGGUGGUAGCUGCUCUAAUGUAAAUUUGUUGAACAAACACCGACAGGGCUCCGCUUUCACUGUACCUGUGCCUCGUUCCAAUGACAAUAAACCUGCCGCGUCACAUGCACUUGACGCGAUCAAUUUAACCUCAUCCGCCAUGGCUAGCAAGUUCGAAAACUAUACCAAAUACUAUGAUCUGGGUGAAGCCAAAGAAAACCAACCCUUAACUAAGAGCAGUGCUAGUUAUAUGUUGCAACAUUUACCCCGACUUUACAGUCAGUUUGCAGCACGAGACCUGAUCGCAUCGAACGUAGCUGCUGCAGUUGGUGAUGGCAAUGGCAACAGCUUUGAUAAUGACAAUAAAUCUGAACCUGAUUGUGAAGACUCCGAUGGACGUGCGUCUGUGGAUAACUGUACGAGUCUAGCUGGUAAUAAUUGUGAACGUGAUAUCGAUGUUGAAAUUAUCGACUCAAUUAAAUAUCGCACCGAUGGCGACAACAGUCGCUGCUCGAGCGCCGAUGAAGCAUCCAUCACACAAAUUGAUUAGACACUACAGUUAUAUGUGUAUGUAUUUUUACUUAAGUAUUAAGUUUAGUAUGUGAGUUUAUGUAAAAAAUAAAUUAUUAUAUUAAUAUGCGUAUAUUAAA